UACGUUCUAAUCUUCAGCAUUGUGACUGGAAGAUUUUUUUCCCUCUGCUGAACAAUACCAACAGAAAAUACAAACCUAAUGCAACCACAGAACAAUGAAGACUCUAGGAGGAGAGAAUUCAAUUGGUCUCGUGAAUAUAAGAAAGAAAGCCUAAAAUCAUGUGGCACCUUGUUAAUCAACUCCAUACUGAAGCUGCCAAUACAGGCAAAUCAACUUAACAAACACAUGGAUGAGAUGCUUCAUAGCAUUUUCUUCUUGGGGCACAUUCAUGAAUUUAGCUUGCGACCUAAAGACUUUUUCCCGACUUUUACUUCUUAUAAAAAGAUGAAGAGCAAUUUUCCUGAGCCAUUCAAAAAGUACAACAAUCACUUGCCGAGCCGUACUCCUUUUUCUGUUCUACUGAGCAUGAUGGAGAAACUCUACUGCACUGAAGAGAGAAUUAUAGAUGAACUUCUGCUCCUUCUGAAAAAACUGAAUUUUCCAAACCCUCUUCACAAACCAGGAAAUACAUGCCAGCAAUAUUACACACUGGAGUCAACAGUAAUCUGUGUGUGUUCUGGUUUGGGUCCUCAGAAAUAUUAUGGAGCAUCACUAUCCUGCAAAGGAGAAGCUGCAAAGAGAAUAAUGAUUGAUGUGUCCUGCCUUAAAACAUGGCACGAGUACGUAGCUCAUGCAGUCAUGUCAUUUUAUCCAGACGAAGCUUCUGGUGACACUAUCACCUUCCCUCAGUCAUUGAGAUGCCAAGCAUAUUAUAGAGAUUGGUCGAAAAAUGUUUAUGAAAAAAGGCAGCCAUGUUUAAACUGUAAGAACUUGUUUAAUUUACAGAAUGCAGAAACAAAGAGAAAGGAUUAUCCCUAUGGGAACUGUGCUGAGACUGAGUGCCUGAGCAAACUACUGUUUAAUGAUCAGGCCAUGCAAGAGGAGACAGAGAUUAACAAUCAUACAGAAGAAAACCUAGAGUACCUCAGAUAUUUAACUAAAGAACGCUUGAUCAAACAUCUCAAUAAUGUUGGCAUUAAUGACAUACUUUUUUAUAAGCCAGAGCCAAUUAGUUUUGAUUGA